GACAGUUAGGUACCAUAACAGCAGUGAAAGGGUUAAGUCAAAAGCAAGAGUCAAAAAGUUAUCUUGUAAUCUUUGUUUUUUGUCAUCACGUUGAUUUUGAUUUCCCGAGGUUGUGCGGGUUCAACAGUUCGUAGGAGCGGUCACAUUUUAUUGAUAAAACAUACAAUCUUCAGUGAAAAUGGAAGACAACGGGGAAUUAUUUACAACUCGCAUGAGAAAAGCGACGAGAAAGAUACACAACAUUAGUGAUGCCUUGGUGAACGCGAAGUUCGCUCUUUCAUUACGAGAUGAAGAAGUUUGGGGCGGUGGUCUGUUCAUAUUCUACCAUGUAUUUGGUUUCCUUGAAGAUGCUAAAGCCAGGCUGAACAUGGCAGACUUUGACAAGCUGUUUGUUAAUAAGGUUCUAUACAGAAAGAAAGCCUUCGAAGAUGACUUAACACAUUACUUGGGCGAGAACUGGAGGUCCAUACCCAAGGCGAUGGCUCUAGAGAACUACAUAGAACAUCUACAGGAGCUAGAGAGGUCCAACCCGAGGCUACUGAUGGCAUAUGUGUACCACUUGUACUUGGGACUCCUCAGCGGUGGACAGAUUCUGGCUAAGAAACGGAAGAUGUUUGGCGAUGAAAACGCCAAAACAGAAACAUACACAGAUAAAGUAACAGAUUUCAGUGGAACGGACAUAGCACAACUAAAGAAGGAUUUCAGACAAGCCAUGAAUGAGAUAGCAGAUAAAAUGACUGAGGAAGAAAAGGACGCAUUCAUUGAGGAGAGCAAUCAGGUGUUUGUGAUGAACAAUUUGAUCGUCAACUCCGUUGGAGGGCAAAACAAAGUUCUGUAUAAUAUGUUGUAUAAAUUCUCAGCUGUUGUACUCAUUGUGGCUGGUGUUGUUACGGCUUAUAAAAUGUAUAAGUAAAUUGUGCCAAAGAUUGUAUAAAAUCAAAUUAUAAUAAUGAGAGUUAUCGCGCCUUAAAUUGACAAUCGCUGGUGGGAAUUAAGGUCUCUUCCCCAUGAAGGUAAACGUCCAUAGGCCCGCAUCGUACGUAUCGUACGCAUUCCGUAUGACGUCAUCAUUACGCUUCGCAUGUAGGCAUUGCGGUCCGUACGAUGCGGAUCAGUGGACGCAGUUGUAUGAGUUUCUAUACAAGACAAACUAAAAUCCGUUGCCUGCGAUGCGUACGAUGCGGGCCUGUGGACGCGUACCUUAAAUUUAUUUCCUAAUAUCAUUUCAUUAGUCAUUGAAAAUGGUUAUUUCCACUCUUUCGAUCGUCAACAGUGUUGACAAAAUGAUGUUAUAGAGCGGGAAUAACUCAUUUAAAAUUUUAACAACGAAAAUUAUUAUUGGUCAAUGCGAACCUUUGUGCAAUCACCAUCUAGUGCGCAGGAACGGUAACUCUUAUUAUGAUAGCACUUCCAGUUUUGUUAUAGCAGAGAUGUUUUGUUGUUAUUUAUUUUAAAAAUUUAAAUAUUAUGAGAAUGGUAGUUUUAAUUAUGAAGGAUAAGAAAUGUAUGGUCAAUACAAUCAUUGGAUUGCUAUCGGUCGCUAUGUUGUGAAUUUGUUUCAUUGAUUUUCAACCUUAUGGUUCUGUAAUAAAAUUGAAAAUCUAUUGAUUAGAAGAUUUAG